AAAAUGGUGUGACGUACUUAUAUAUUAAACAAAUAAUAUCAGAGGCACCAAAGCGGUAGUAACACUGACGAGGGAAAGCGCUUCAUCAGAACAUCUGCUGUUCUUACAAAAUCAAAAUGAGUUCCAGUUCCUCAAGACACCGAGAGCGCAGCAGUGAAGCCAAGGAACAAAGACAUAAAAAGAAGCGCUGUGAUAGCAGCAAUCGGGAAAAUAAGGAUGAAAGAAGAUUUAUCAGAAAAAGCAAAAGCCCUGUGAGAGCACCCAUUUUUUUCAAGCCAAGGUUGAGCAGAAGUUUCAUCAAACCUCGGUAUAAAAGGGAAGAUCAUGCUUUCAGAAAACCUGGGUUUAGUUUCAGAUUCCGAAGAUACAGAUCAGUUUCAGUUGUGAGAUCACAUCGGACUCUGCCUCCAAAGAAUACAUCCUCUCCCUCACCCGGUAGCAAGUCUGAUUUAAAGAAAGAUAACAAAUGUUCAAAAGGGACAUCAAAAGAUCAAAAUGAUGUUCAGAAGUCAUUCAAAAGCAAAAGUAGAGAAAAGGAACCUGAGAUCUUCUCAAUUAAGGUCACAGAGGAUGGUCUGUCUAACACGGAGUUGCCUCCUUCAGUGAUGAGAGCAGCACUGCGAAACAGGGCAAUCCAGCAGAAGAGGAGAGAAAUUGAAGAGGUCUAUAGACAAGAUUGCGACACGUUUGGAAUUGUGGCAAAAAUGCUGAUUGGGAAGGACCCUUCUUUGGAGCAGUCCAUCCAGUCGUCUCUUCAAGCAAACCUCAAAGAAAUCGGGCAGCGUUGUGCUGAGGCCAUGCAGAAUUUCAUUGAUGAAUACGAUUCUAAAUAUCCCAGCCCCUGCAUACCCCCUCAGUUUUAACCCUCUUCCUCUGUACUACUCCCACUUUCGAUCACUGUCUAGGAAAUAAGGCAUCACUUUCACAACCUAUUCAUGAGCCACCCAUCAAUUGGGAAAUUCUGUAAAAAUAAUGUAUUUGAAGAUGGUAAGCAAGGUAAAAUGGUUUUGGUACUCUAUGAAAAAAUACUAUUGAUUUGUUAUACAAAUAUUUUUGCCCUCUAUAUUUAGCCAUAGCUGUGUCAAAUUUAACUACAAAUGUGAUUCAAUAGGAAAAAAUGUUUUUUGUUUUGCUCAUAUGAUCUGAAAAUUGGCUAAUUUUUAACUAGCUAAAAAAGAGCAGCAUCAUAUGUUUUCUGAAGAAUGGUGAUGUUUCAUUUGCAAAAACAAAAUGUUCAAACUUAUUUAUACCCCUAAGUCUCUACAAAAAAAUUACAGAAAAAAAAUCCUGUGUCACCAUUCUGUAGUCUGGACAUUUAUGUAAAGCUUCUGGAAUAUUCUAGGACUUUCUGUUUCAACGGCGUAUAAAAGCAAGUAACACUGUAGCAGGGAAGUCCUUCAGCAACAUUCACAUCAAGAUGAAAAGCAAAGAACCCUUACAAAAGUACAGGCAAAGAAUCAGUAAUCUUUAACAGUUGGAUAAUGGCUAUAUCACAAAAUGCUGAACCUACCAGAUUCCACUAUAGUGUCCACCAUUAAGAAGUUCAAGGCCAUAGGAACAGUGCCAGGAAAAGGGCACAAGAAAAAAUUACCACCAUGUACUGAGAAAAAUCUUUUUAGGAAACAACCACAAACCCAGAAUUGAAAAGUUCCAGAUCUCUCUGACUGUUUUAACAUCAGGAUACAAUGUCUCAAAAACCACCAUUCAAUGUCAACUGCACGAAUAUGAUGUUCAUGGCAAAGUUACAAAGAAGGAAUAUUUUCUGAAGGCCCAACACAAAGAGACAGUAUGGAAUCGAACAAUCUGCAUCUCCAUGACAUAAGACAGUUGGGUCUGUGUCUUAUGGUCAGAUGAAACCAUAUUUGAGCUUUGUGUACAUUCUCAACAGCGUUAUGUUUGGCGGCAAGGAGGUGAAGCAUGUGCCAAGAAAUACAUCAUGCCCACUGUGAAAUAUGGAGGUGGAUCUACUUUGCUUUAGGGUUAUUUUGCAUUUUUGGUCCUGGUGCCCUUGUUUGACUGGAAGGAACAAGGAAUUCAAGAAUAUACCAGGACAUUUUGGCCAAAAAGCUUGUACCCCAUAGUAGAAAAGUUAAAGCUAAUUUGAAAAUCACAUUCCAGCUUGAUAAUGAUCUCAAGCAUACAUUGCGCUCUACAAAGUUAAGUGAAUACAAAAUGAAUGUUGUUAACUGGCCAUCAUUACCCCCAGACCUGAGUCCAAUCUACCUUUUGUAGUUUCAAUUUCAAGCAGUUCACAAAAGAAAAAGUUUUCUCUGGCUUUCCUCUGAAGGAAUGGUCAAAAUUUCUACCACAAUUCAAUAAAACACUACAGGAAGUGUCUUCAUUGUGAUCGGAGUGAAAGAUGCACAAAGAACUUAUGGCAGGGAUGUGAAUACUUUUGGCGGAAAACAAAGCUUUCAUUGAUCUUUUCAUAGUUUGCUGAAAAGUUAGAAGGGCAAAAAUACCACAGUCAUUUUCUGUAGAAUCAUUUUUUUUAGUAACAUUUAUCAAAAAUAUGGAUAAAUAUGGAGGGCAAUAUAUAUAGAGACUGUUUUGCAGUCUGUGUUUUUAUGAUAUAAAUAAAUUAUUAGAUACUAAAGUGAGAAAACCUCAAACACAUUUAAAUUUUUAACAGUACUAUUGUGUAUAUUUGGGGAAAAUGUUAAAGCAUUAGUCGUUACAUUAAUAAUUAUGAGAUAGUUUUGGUUAUGGUUAUUGUGAAAUAAUUUUAAUAAUACACUGAUAAGGUACUAAAGCAAAUGAAAGCGUAUAUUUACAUUGUAUGGAUUUUUACUCAUUGUGAAUUAUAUUUAAAUAUUUAAUAAAACUGUUGUUAAAUAACUCAAUGUUUUGCAACAGGUUUGUUUAUAGUAUUGGAAUACAUGUAGUAAUUUCUCAAUGUGACCAAAUAUUUU